CUGCUUCAGAUGAUCACCAUCCACCUGCCCUCUCCCGUCACUGCACAGAGGUAUCGCUGCGAGCUGCUUUACGAAGGACCUGGAGAUGAUGAAGCUGCUAUGGGUAUUAAGAACUGCGACCCUAAGGCUCCCCUCAUAAUGUACAUCUCAAAGAUGGUGCCGACCACAGAUAAGGGCCGUUUCUACGCUUUCGGCCGUGUGUUCUCUGGUGUCGUGUCCACUGGGCUGAAAGUGCGAAUCAUGGGACCAAACUUCACCCCUGGGAAGAAGGAGGAUCUUUACCUGAAACCCAUCCAGAGGUCUGCAGCACUCCAGACUCAUUAACACUAAUGAUGCACU